CUUUCGAGCGUGCGGACGUGCGUCGUGUUCCCGUUUCCACGCUAAGUUCGUUUCGGUAGUCUAGCGCAGUAGGCGACAUGUUUUUCGUUUUGCGGGAUUUUUAGAAACGGGAACCUGCUUUCAGUGUUGUAGAUGAGCGAAUAUUAGAUGAAAACAUAAUAGUGUGUUGUAGUUGCAGGCGCGCAAUCGUUAUUAUACCCUGGAGAGAUUAUAUCCUGUCCCUGCUUUGUGUUCGCGCGCUUUUGUGUAGUGUGCCGGCCAGGGCGAUAGUUCAGCGCACAAGCAAGCUAGUGGUGUUAUUGCUAAGAUAUUCCGGAUACACUAGGCUAGGAAACCAACUCACUCACUCUCGUUCGAGCUUUGGAGAGAGUUAAAACAAGCUGUGAUCUGUGUAGUGUGUAGUGAAAGAAAAAAGAAGAGAAAAUACGUCUUUCCCCGAAAAGUGCAACGAUUGUGGACGAUAGUCCUGCUAACAGCUGUGCGAAGGAUUUCAUUCAUGCCAUCGUAGCAAUCGCUGAGAUCUAUCUGGACGAAACUGUGCCAAGCUUUGUAAAAAAAAGUGUUGCUAGUGUGUUUGGUGCUCGCAUGAAGUCGCUGCGGCCAGGACCGCGAUCAUAUUUCCACGUGCUGCCGCGUCAGAUUCCAAUUGCAGCCCCGCAAAAUCCAUUGCGUCCAUCAGUGUGCAGUAUCGGACCCGGUGUGUGUGUGUGUUUGUGUGCGUAUGUAUGAGCGUGUGUGUGUGUUUGUUAGAAGCAAAAUAGAAAAAAACGCAAAAGCUACACCCGCAAAAGAUCCAUCCGAUUCCUUCUAUCUUCAUCCCUGCCCUGUAUAACGCGCCUAUAACGGCAGGACACGACGUCAUGACAGCUGUGUAAAAAAACACCCAUCCCCACCCAAUCGAAACCCAUCUUGACCGCGGCUACGCCAGCAACGGUGUAUGUUUGUCGUGGGGGUGAUUGCUCAAAGCCGCUGCUCCCGUGGUGUGUGUGGUUCCGCGUUUCGCGGUUUUGUGCGUGUUUUGUCCCGUGCCAGAUGAUAGAGGAGGCAUUGCCUGUGUGGAUUCGGUCGGUAAAACGUGUCGUCAAUAUCGCUUCCCAUUGGUAAACUUGGUUGCUUUUUAAAAUACGGUGAUAAAAGUUGUGCUUGAGUUGUGUGGUCUGCUAAGAUCUUGCUCGAAUGUGUCACAGGUCCAGGUCGGGCGUGUUUCCAAUGCCAGAUUUGCAAACGGGCAACCGAUCAACAUAAAAAGUGUAGUGCGAAGAGAAAAAGAAAUAAUUAUUGAGUACGAGAAUCCAAACAACGCGCAAACCCAGUAAUCAAAGCUUACUUGCUGUGUGUCGUCUAGGCGAUGAAAAGGUUUUCUUCCGUUAUGUUAAUGGAUGUAGAAAAGUAAGUGCAUUGUUUGUCCGUCUGUGUGUGUGUGUGCCUAAAAUUGUCGUGUGGUAACAAGACAUCCUUCCAAAGCACGACGCAAGAUUUUGGUGAUCCUUCGAGGAGCAGCUACGCCUCAUCACCAUCAUAAUCGCAAAAUAGCUUCAAACAUCGCCCAACAUCCAGAGCGGAAGAUAUAAAUUCAACCCCAUGCAUGAUCGAUGCCCUUGGUAGUUUCUUGAUCCACCGGCACUAUCACAGAACGACAGACCUAAUGACUAUGGCGGAUGGCGGUUAUGACCCAAUGGGGCACAUCCAAACGGGUCGUCCACACGCGUACUACCUGUACCAGGCGGCAGCGGCUGCUCUGGAACAGCAGCAUCAACAGCACCAGCAACAGCAGCAGCAACAGCAGCAGCAGCAUCAACAGCAGCAGCAUCAGCAGCAGCUGCAGGACCAAUCCGGCGAUGAGCAGGUUGCUUCACGGUCCCGCCCAGCUUCAAACGAUGGACACGAGAACAACAACAACCUGCCCGCAGCAGCCAACAACAAUCUGUUCCGCUCGGAGCAGAAGAAGCACAAGCGGAAACGACUGUCGGCCGUGCUGGACAAGCUGCACAACGGUAGCGGUACGGUGGUGAACCACAACAACAACAACGUCGGAGAAGCGCAAAACUUCAAGGUCAAAUGUACCGAUUCGCGCUCGAGCGCAGAAGAUUCGGCCGAAGACGUGUUCCCAUACUCUGCAAGCCCUCGCAUCAGCAUCAGCCCACUGCGAUUGAGCGAAGUGGACGAGAACAACCCGCUGCGGGCCACUCACCAGCAGCAUGCACUACCUCAGGAUCAACAACUGCCAUCGCCCUCGCAGCUUCCCCGUCAAACCAAGCUGGACGCUUCCCCGCAGCAACCGGCGUUGCCACUGCAGCCGUCACAGAUCAAGCAGGAGGAUCAGCAGUACCUGUACAAGCAGCUCCAGUACUUCAACCCGCUCGCCCUGUUCAACUAUCUCCCGGAACCGACCAAGCUGCUCUACCAAGAGUUUGCGCGUCAGCGUAGCCAUUCCGACUCCGAUCUGCAGCUUCAGCAGCUCCAGCAGCAACAACAACAGCAGCAGCAGCAGCAGCAACAGCAGCAGCAACAACAAACUCAGCUGAAUCCACCCAAGAAAAAGAAGUCGAGCCAUUCGGGGCGACCAUCGCAACGUCCACCGACGUCCAGCAGUCGAAGCAGCAACGCCAGCAGUAGCAGUGGCCAGCAGGAUCCACAGGAGCAGCCGCUGGAUUUGUCCAUGAAGUCGCCCUCGCUACUAGACUCGCCUAGUCUACUCGUCACCACUGUGAUCAAGGAGGAGCCGCAGUUGGCCGACAGCCCACCGCCAGACUCCCCUCUGCCGCCCGUUUCGAUCGGACAGAAGCUGCUCCUGAAGCGGGAAGACAUGCAGGACAUCCGCCGGUCGCCCGCUUUCGAGCAUCUCAACGGCCAUGGCCCGCCCGGCUUCAAUCUGAACGUUUCGCCCGUGGUGGAAGAAAUGCCGCCCGGAUCGGACGUUGCCUACAUGUGCCCGGUGUGCGGUCAGCUGUUCUCGCUACAGGACCGGCUCGCGAAACACAUGGCCUCCCGGCACAAGAGCCGCACCGGGGCAACCGACAUCACCAAAUCCUACAUGUGCGAGGUGUGCCAACGAUCGUUCGCCCGAUCCGACAUGCUGACGCGCCACAUGCGUCUGCACACGGGUGUCAAGCCGUACUCGUGCAAAGUGUGUGGCCAAAUCUUCUCCCGCUCGGACCAUCUCUCCACCCAUCAGCGGACGCACACCGGCGAGAAGCCCUACAAGUGCCCACAGUGUCCGUACGCGGCGUGCCGCCGGGACAUGAUCACGCGUCAUAUGCGCACGCACACGCGCUACGAAUCACAGCGAGGCGGCGGCAGUGGAGGAGGCUCCAGCGGAGGCAGCACCAGCCCCUCGAUGGACCAGAAGCCGAUACUGUUGCCGAUGGUGGGCAUGAGCACGGGCCGUGCCAUCAAGAAGGAGUCCGGCUUUGGAGGUGUUGGCGGUGGGUUCGUCCUUGAGGCAAAGACUGAAUCGUAAAGAUGCACGCGACACAUCCAGGCUCGCGCGCUUCGAUUGACUAUGGUCGUGUAGUUCCAGCUGUGUAGACGCUAGUUCCUCGCUAGACAUGUGUGUGUGUGUAAAUUGUGGUUUCAUAAUAUCUUUUCCUUAGUGUGUAUGUAUCGUUGCCGAUGGCAGGUAUGGCCUCACUAGAGUUGGAAACACAGCGUUUUUACAAAAUGUUAGACUCUCAAUGGUUGUGACUGAUAGUCCCCAAAGCCAGGAAAAGGUAGCUCAGCAGGUGACGGCUUUGUUAUAUGUUUAGCUCGUUGUAUUGCCCUAUCAGGCUCAUCAUUCCCCCCUUUACAAAACGUUCAUUCUAGAGAUUUCAACAACACACCGUUUCAUUAUGAUUUCAUGCUCAGUUGGGGAUAUCAUUCCUUGAAAGCGUUGCAAACGAAAGGUAGUUAAAGAGUGUCUAUAUGCUAGAUCAACUCGGGCACACAUCCCGUCUCUUCGUCUUUUGGAUAUUUCGGUUCGUUAGAUAGAGUUCAAGCAAACGAGGUUACACAUUAUCUUCACAAAAAUAUUCCCAAAAACCUAUCGGUAGUACUGUAGCCAAGCAGGAAGAGCAAUAGGUUGCACCAUUUGUGAGCAAAGAAAUGAAGAAAAAGAACGCCUUAAAAAUAAGCAUGACAACCCAUGUGCCUUAUUCGAUAUGGGAACUACACAGCAACCUGCAAACCUGUAGCCGAGUGGAAUACGUAGCGCCAACACUCCACACAAGUAGUCCAUUUAGAACAGAAUAGAACAGAAGCUCAGUACAGUAGUGUUGAACGGAAAAAGAAUAUCUCUCUACACCGAUUGUUAUAAAGCGAAGUAAGUAACGAUCUUGUAAGUGUUGCUACCAACAACGGAAAGAGCAUUAGCUCAUGUAACACGUAGCAUGCAUUGCACGUAGGUACAAAACUUACACCGCCCCGAUGGAAAUGGGACCAUUCCUAACCCAAAACACAUAGUGCACGAAGCAAAGCUAGAAACUAUAGAACCGCAUCGUGGUCAUUCAGUAGCGCGCUAACAGCAGUAGCAAAAAACCCCAACAACUCCUCGCCCAUCAACCGAUUCCUCUUGCAACUCUUCGGGACUUUUUUUUUUUUGGAAUCAUUACCGUGUCGCGCCCUCUGCUGCAGGAAUGGUUCAGUUGGGCUUCAAAACUACCGCAUGAUCUUAAUUUAAAUUUUCAAUCAUGCAAAUUGAAUAUUAAACCCUCUACCCUCUACGUAGUACCACCCCGUCUGUCACGUCCUGUUCCUUACGUCUUGUCUGGUCCCGCUUGUGCAAUUUCUUAAGCACAUUUUCUUGAACAAAGCACUGCAAUAUGGGUUUCCGCCUUUCGUCCGUCUCCUUUUUUUUUUUUAAAUGCCGGCAACCUUCGUGCUUGCACCGGGUUGCAAUUUUCAUUUUCCACCCGCAAAACAAUACGCGGAAGGAAAACAUUCUCCACUCCCUUUUGCCCUUCCAUCUGGCCUGCAACUGUCGACGGUAAUGGACAUAAUUAGUGCCGGAGUUUCAUCAGGGCGAGCUGAAAGUUGCCGCCCUCACUGCAGACGAAAGCAUAGUUGCAGGAAGUAGGCCCACGCGAACACGACAAAGCGAAGCUCCUUGCGAGUUGGCGGUCGAUAUGAAACUAACAAGUAAUCGUGUACGCUAAUGGUGGGGGGCGCGUUUAAAUGUAGGUGGAUCAUGCAACGGGAUCAUGGAACAGUGCUGAACGCUAUUUGUUGCAACAUCGAAGCAUCAGCUGAACUUAUUAUUAUUAUUAUUAUUUUAGCUGGAAUCUGAUCUCCGAUUUGAUGCAUGCGUAAUGCUCUCCUAUCAUCAUGCUUGGCUUUUCGACUCUCAGCCCCCGGCCAGGUUCCAUAAGAACGACGCCAACGGGAACGGUGACAAACCACCAUGGCCACACAGCAUAACCAGUGCCAGUCUAAGGUCAACCACGGACAGUAAGUGCAUACAUGUGUGUGUGUUUUUGUGUGUGCGAGAGAAAAAGAUAUAGCGCACCCAACAGCUAACAGCCGCAAUCUGCAUUGCACCACCCAACCCGGUUGCAGUAUAAAUUUGGCCCGCACGGCACUGAGACCUGAUCCUGUGGCGGAGGGUGGGUAAGGGCUUUGUGAAACAAUUUCAUUUUUACUCCCUGUCACACCCCCCUACCUCACGAGCGUGUGUGUGCGCGCUAAAUAAUGGUCCUUUGCCGCCGUCACCACUCCCCCAGCAUAUUGAAAAGCACACGAAAGGACGCUAUUGCAAAAGCCGGCAUGCGAUGCGAACCUUGGCGCAAGUACGCUGUAAAGUGGAUAUAGCCAAGGGACGAACCCGUAUCAACUAUCCCUUUACUUUAGUUUCUCCCGCCCUGAUCUGUGCUCCUCUUGCAGAUUCCACCCCGAUUGAGGGUGGACAGUUAGGGUAGCAGAGCAUUACGGUACGAGAAAAAAAAACUCCCUGUAAAGGACACUCGCUCUCAUACGUACAACGCCUGCCUGGUAGGGAACUUCGUACCAGCUAGCGAACAAGGAGUUUUUCUCACUCCCAACUCGUUCCUGAAUGAAACAAAACACCCUUUUGAUUCACAAAGCAGCAGCCCCCGUCGCUUGCCUAACGCUUCGUUACUUGCUGUUUCAAAAAAGCGAGUGAAUUAUGACUUUCCAGGCAAAAAGCUCACACCGGGAAGCGAGAGAUAUGACUGGAGCCAGGAGGUGGUUUCGGGCGGGUGUUCCCUACGUACAAGAAGCAGAGCGUUCAGGGAAAGUGCAUUAUGAUGACGCCAACCUCCCCGUGGGUUUUUGUUCGCUAGCCAUCGUACCCGGAAGUACUGUGCGAUCAGCGAUUUUGCCCUUCGCACGCUGGCUGUACCCAGGGCAUCGGCAUUUCCUUUCAUCGCGCGCGGCGCCGCUAGCUGCGGACGAAAAUGAUCCGCGAAAUUCGCUUGGGCUUGUGCUCUCGUACCGUAGUUCCAAACAUUUUCCAAAACCAUCCACUCUGUGCUCUGCGUGUGACAGCCAGGAAGUCAGUUUGCUUUUAUUCCCCCGGUGCACAUUUGAUGUGGCAAGCACAAACGCGGGAGGUUAGGAGGGAUCUAGUCGAAGAGUUAGCUCACGCACGGCAAGCUGUGCAUGCGGAGGUGAAUAAAUGUUCUAACUUUUUCCCGUAAUUACUCCGGGAUCGGGAGUUGCCAACGAGGCGCUGCGAAUUUCCCGAACUACGCACUGGGGGGAAACAAAUGGACGACACUGAUGUGCUGGGACGUUGCCAGGACGACGGCCGUCGUCGUACACGGUCCACCCCGAAACCGGUCGUUUGGAUGUCGGUAAGGAAAUUGCAUUUUUGGCGUCGCGCCCCAUCAGGACGCUCUGCAAGAGAGACAGGGAGAGAAAACGAUGGCUUAGGUUAGGUCCAAGAUUGGGGAGUUUCGUGAUUGUUUUAGGGCAUGAUUUGCGACCGCCGAGCGCACUAAACCGUUUAUUGUGCACUUUUGUCCGCAACGCCCGAGAACGCCACCGGUGCGUUUACUGGCUGGCAUCACCGUGAGUGUGUGUGUGUGUGUGUGUGCUGGUGCUGAUGCUUUCGAAAAAGCCUUUUGAAAGCUGAAUUUUAGCGGAGGCAACAACAAAAAAGUGAGCAUCCAUUUUGCCUGGGACGAUGUGUCAACGUGUCAGCAGUUUUUUGUUUUCUCUCUCUAAAUGAGCACUGCUGGCACUUUCCACUGGGAAAUGGCCGAUAAAGGUACCCCACGAAGAGCGUUUGGCGUCAUCCGCUAAAGGAUGACGGUAUGGGAAUUCUGGCGACCAGAGCACUAGCUCCUAACUCCAUUGCAGAAGCCAAUGCGCCAAUUAUUUACCAAUCUGCUUUAGAGCCCGCCCGCCAUUUAGCCGACGUUCGUCGAUCGUGGAUUUUAUAACCCAUUUCCGGUUGGUGCCGGGAGGGUGGCGGGACUGCAGAUCGCUAAUGAUACGCUCUGCCGAUAAUCGGCUGAUUAUGUUCCCGUUGAUUCGUUGCGUGGAACGAUUCGUCGCCGCGUGUUAGUCUGCCGGCUGACAUCUUGGGGCACCCGAGGGCAAGGUACUAUUUAUGCGCAACACUUGACCGUUUGGUUCCUUGCGCUGCGGCACGCAACGUGUUUGUUUGCGCGGUGUCUUACCCCCAGCAGCAGCAGCAAGACACGCUCGCUCAUUUGGUUGGAGAUGACGGCGUUUCAGGUGGGCCCGUUUGGCUGUUGGAAAUGAUCUAGUUUCUCUGGAACCACUUGCCGCCUGCCACUUUGCCACUGCUGAAGAUGACGAAGCAAAGAAUCUUCCCGUUUCGAGGGGGGUACUACCACUGGAUACCUGUUACCUGCUGGACCCGGGUUUUGGGUGGUGGAAGGAUUGUUUCAGACGAUGUUUACAUUUCAGCUGUCUCCCACGGCCUGCUCCGGUGCGAAUGAUUUAUUGCCCCGCGUUCGAUGAGGAAUCACCACUUGUGACCGGUUGCGCCACUUCUGACACGUUCGGCUCAUACCCGGGGCCGGAUGCGCACUUCUUAGCGCGGGUCUGGGAAACACACAACCACUGGCCAGAUUGCGGACUGUCGUUAGCGCAUAGGCGCUAUUUCCUGCGUGACGGCGGGGGCUAAAGGAAGCGAAAACUACCAGCAGCCGCAUGUGGGAGCACCGUUCACCGUCCAGCAGUGAGACCUGCGCGUGUGAUAGUGGACGAGCGUCCCGAGUUGAUUCGCUUUUAGCAGCACCAAAUUUACGUUUUUCGGUAAAAGACACUUUAAGUAACGAAAUGUCGCACUCGCGUGCGUUUCAAACACAAGCAACAGAAGCUUUAAACACUUUGGUAUACUGCAACUGACCAAAGAAAGGAAGACAUUCGUUUCUUGGCAUCGAUCCAAAGUGUAUAUGUUUCUUUCAAACGUAUGUUUUUUUUUGGUUGCCUCUCCCAAACUUUUCAAUUCUUCGAGCAAUGUGAACAAAACACGAUUCCCUGUUUCAACCUAUAAUGCUACCACCCUGUUCCCAAUUACACCACCCACUGCUGUUAUACUGCCAAGCUGAAUGACUACAGUAGCUAGAAACACUAAUACAGCACAAAUUGAAUUUUUGCAACACCUUCAGACGGUGGGCGGUAACACUUGAGUACAGUUUCUCUCUUACAAACACAAAAAGCAACCUCAACGGUGCAAUACAAUCAAACUGACAGCAAAACACAAUCGUAAACGAUUCUAACUAAAAAUGUGCCAAAUUUACAGCUAGUGAAAAGAAACAAAACUGAACACUGAACAGCGAACGUAAGAAAGUAUCCCAUGGUGCGGAGCUCGUGUAGAACUCGUUGUGAAGCACAGUGGUAGACAGUGUCUACACAGAGACGAAGAAGAUAUUUGUAAACAAACGCAUCCUUCGAAAGUGAUGUUUCUUUUUAACGCACAGAUCAGGGAUGAGUCAUGGUUGAGCGCGCGUAGCAAAGAAUAGUACACGAAACCCUUUUUAAAACAAAGCCCCAAGAAGGCAUGAAGAGAAGGCAAUAUAAAUAUGAGUUUUACAACGAACAAAAAACGUAAAAGACAAUGCAAAACAAAUAAAAACAAAAACACCACUUAGUAGGGCAGUCAAACGAGUGAAAUGGCGAUGAAUGCUAAAGAACGAUACACAAAACAAACUCCUACAAACACCUGCUGAAGAGAGAAGGAAAAGAAAACGAACAAGAGAUCUCAGAUGUAAGAAAAAUGCGAAUAUAGAGCACACAAAGGCUAGAUAAACUAAAAAUUAGAAAACUUAAUACUGCUUCAUGCAAAAAAUAACCCGAAACCGGCAAUGCAAACAGCAGAAACGAGAUACAAAAAGAAGAAGAAAACAAGUGAGGAAAAACGGGCAGCGACGUGAACGUUCCUCACAGGGCAUUUAUUAGGAGAUUAAGCGCGUGUUCGAAACUAGUUUGGUACGUUUACACUACUGUGACGUUUUGGAAGCGUUUACAUCCUUUCCUUCAAAGCGUUGCGAUCACGCACGCUUAGGUGUAGGCGUUAUUUUCCCUCCCCAAUUUUAUCUCACAUUCUUCUGUUCGAAACUCCGUACAUUUCAGACUAACUUACAUCCUGUGUCUUGUCGUCUUGUGUGUCUUGUACUUUCUCGAAACGCGCCAUUUGAGUGUAUGGUUUUAUCGGUAAAAAAAAAUCCCCUCUAUUGUAGUGCAUGUGUUUGUGCAUUUGUAAUUUAUUUGAACGUACGCGUCCCGAUUUGUCUGUUAAGCUGUUAAGUUGUCGCUUAAGUUAGGAUUAAGAUUAAUUUAUUGAUGCCCGAUCGGCGUGAAUGAACAACGGAUAUUGUACAUACCUGUAUAUGUGCUGUAAAAAUUGCAUACACGCGCGCUAGGCUUGCAGAACACGCGGUGCUCUCGCUCACGAACGCUCUCACGCAAAGUGUGGAUCCGUUUCGUGCGGUUUUCGUGAAAUAAUUAAAUACUACCCACACUUUCGCAGGGUACGUCUGAAACGUCCACUCGAAAAAACGAGCAGCUGAACACGGCAAUACAGCAACAAUCUCAAUUACUAGCACGCCGUUACACCCUUAUACAUGCCUGUUACGUACCUUUAGCUGUAAGAAUUCGAGAAACAAACAGUAACACGCCCUAUGUAGCUGAUACUAUUUUCUGGUGGAAAACGACGUUGGCUUAAAGUUCGAACAAAACGGUACAGAUUUGUGUACGUCACCCAUCGAUCAUUGGUGAUGGUAAAAUUGAAACAAAAAGUAUGAAAAUGUACAUAAAGUUUGCAGAAUGUUUCUUCAUUCCACAAGCAUCAAACAGCAAUUCCUGUUCUUUAGUUCCAAACGGAAGGGACUUUCCUAUUCAAUCACAUCGAUUCUCAAUCCCGCUCCAACUCUGUGAGCGCUUUUAUGACAACUGUCUCAAACGUUUAGUUUACUCUACCUUCUCAUACGAUUCCUUUUCUAGUUAUUUAAAUGUAGCUCCUACGUAGCUUUUACUGCAUCUAUUUAUUGCCUAUACCUAUACAUUCUAUUCUCUUUGCUAAAUUCCUAUCGGAUGCCUAAGUGUAAGUUACUCUCUAUUACUCGUCUAUUUAUUUAUUUAAAAACUUUUCCUACAAAACGUAACUAGUUUGACCGGGGCCAACACUACCCGUAACCUACUCACAUAGUGUGUGUCGUGUGUGUGUGUGUGCGCGUGUUUUUUUCGUGUUGAUUUGUUUUGUUUUCUUUAAUUACUUUUAUUUUUCGUAACCUCUUAUGCCUCUUAGAGGGCGUUCCUUUGCAUGCAAUUCUACUUCUAAAUAUCGAAACCGUUUGUUUAUUACACCAUCCGUUAUACCUUUUUCUAUUGCCAUUUUCUGCUGUUCUGUUGAAUGAUGCGAUGCAAGAGAUCAGAGCAGGAAUGAUGAAGACACGAAAUGUUAUUAGUUCAACAAGACGAAAAAGUCUAUUGUUUUGGAAGAAAGUUCGGACGUCCGUUACAGUUACGCAUUUUUGCUCGUUUAUGUUGAAGUUUGAGUUUUUAGUCAAAAAAAAAUAGCGCCUGUUCGUGUUGAUGUUGGGGCGGCAAUGAGCUCUCAAAAGGAAUAAAGAUGAAUUUGUUAAGUACGAAACACGAAAGUAGAGCAAUUGAUUUCAAGACCAACCCUACCCAACUGCUUCAAUUACUAAGAAAAUGAGGCAAUAAAAUAUUUUAGAUUAUAAACUACGGUAACGCAACAAAAGCUGGAAAUAAAUCACACAAGCAAACACUUAUUAAUUUAUGACACUGGCGACAGAAUGCUGUAGAUUCUUGCCCCCCUACAUAAGUAUGUAAGAAGACAUCUCGUUACACGGUGUAAAGUUUUCUCGGUUAAGUUUUACGCUCUUACUUAUUUAUUAUUAAGCCAUAGUUUAGGCGAGUCUUUUGAUUACUAUUAUUAUGUACCGUUGUAAGAAGAUUUCUCAGUUUUUAGUGUGCCGCAGAUCAGCCGUCUAGUGUAAGCCAAGACCCCCUAGAAUAAGCAGUCAGCAGUGAAGCGAUAAAUGUGAGG